AUGCAAAGAGGUAGAGCCAGAGGAAGUGGUGGCUAUAGAUAUUAAUAACAAUAGCAAAUGACUCUCUAAGACUUACAAAGAAUAUAAUAGUACGAAGAGGAGAAAAAGAAUUAACCUUAAGGUGCCUCUAGAUUCAAUCUUGCAGCAGGAAAUUACUAUCCCAAACAAUCAUACUAGAAUAUAAUGCAAAAUAACAUUCCACUUGAUAUUGGUAAUGUUAUAAACAUGCUUUCUCAAGAACUAAACAACAAUAGUUAGAACUAUGAUUAAUAAGUACCUACUUGGAGUAAUAGAAAUCAAAAUGAUACCUUUUAUAAUUAGCAGCCAGUGCCAUCAUACUAAUAGAAUCAAACAAACUUUUAACCGAAGUCGGCAUAACCAAUAAGGAAUUUUUAAACUAAUAAUACUGCUAAUAAUUCUUAUUCUAAUCCUAAUUAGACUUCAAAUUAAUUUAGAAGUGGAUUUGGCACUGUUAGUCAAUCUAAAAACAAUGAAUCUCAUCAUUCUAUUCAGCAAUCUCCUACUACAUAGGAGCAAAUUUCUGAAAAUGAAACUUUUAGAGGAGGAAGAGGAAGUAGAGGGACUAGAGGUGAUAGAGGUGAUAGAGGAGGCUAUAGAGGAAGAGCUGAGCGUAGAGGGUUCGACAAUAAUAAUAAUAGAGGUACUUAACCUUUUAAUCGAGGAAGAGGAAGAGGCAACCCUGACUUGGAGAGCAUUAAAUUAUCUGAGCCAGCAAAGAUAGUUGAUAAUUUAUUAAAUACCAAGGAUCUAUCAGCUUCAAUAGAUGCAACAAAAUAUUCGACCCGAGGUUACUCUCUAUUUAUUUAUAUUUGGCAUAAAAUAUAUUUUGACAAAAAUGUUCAGCAAACUGAGCUUAAUAUAAUUUCUUCUGCUUUCUUGGAAUCUUAGUUCUUUACUAAGUUUAGUACUUAAUAUGUGCCUGAACUGAAUCUUAAUAUUCGAAGUAUGAAUGAUAUAAGACUUAGAUUGGAUGAUCUAAAGCUAGUUUUUGAGCUACUUCUUAGCCUAAUUGAUAAAUUUAAGUCAAAGAUUCACAAAUUACCCAUUUCUGCAAUCUCUACUUUUAUUAUGGAUGACGUCACACUAAUUCUCGACUUAUACGAUCCACUUGAUUUAUAUGCCAGCUUUGUUGGAGAACUCUAAGUUAUGGCAUUAAAGUUGAAAGAGAAGAAAAUGCAAUAUAUGAAAGAAACAUAAGAAGAGUAGAAAUAAAUUGAGGAGAAGAAGAAAAAGUCUAAAGCGAUGAGAGAAGAUCUAAACCUCAUAAUUCAACCUCCUGAUGACUUUUAGGAUAUUGAUGUAAUACCUACUUUUCAUGAAUUAUAAAAAGAUGGCAUACCAUUUCUGAGAAAGAUGCCAACAGAAGGAGUGUUUUAAAACACCCAUUACUAUUUAGAUGUUGUAUACAGAUUAUUAAGAGAAGAUGCAAUUAGACCAUUAAGAGAAGGAAUUUCUGUAAUGAGCAAGCAAUAAAACCUUGGAUAAAUACAAGAUUAAAGCAACUAUCAAAUAUAAAAGAAACUUAAUAGAGAUUUAAGAGAUGCUGGAGUAAAACUCUAUGAUGAAGUUGCAUUGUAUAAUCUGACUAUAACGAGAAAUAGUCCAGACAUUGCUAUUACCUUAAGAAUUUUUGAAAAAGGCAAAUCUAAUUGGAUGACAAGCAAGAAAUUACUGCCAGGGUCACUAGUUAUUAUCAGCAAAGAUGAAUUCAAAUCUUUUGAUUUCUUUUUGGUAAGUGAAAGAAAUGGAAAGCAAAUGACUGAAACCUCCAAGAAAUUCAAGUUCAUUGAUAUUCAAAUUUAACUCAUAACAGGAGAUGAUGCUGCAUACUAAUAAAAUCUUGGCAUUUAGGAUUUAGACCUUGAAUAUGUGAAAUGGGAUGCUAACAACAUGCCUUCGAUCUAUGGCUUUUAUUUUAUAAACCAGAAUCAAUUCUCUUCUAAAAAAUUUGACCUUCUCAAAUAGCAAGAGUUUAUCAUUCAAUACAAUUUGCAUCUUAAAGUUUUGUCUUAAUGGUCAUAGUAAGUUGAAUAAAAGGAAAGCGAAAAUAUUGAAUUAUAGUAAAUAGAAUCAAUUUAGCAACGAUCUCUUUUGAAUUAUUAUCAAACAGUUCUGCUUAAUCUAGGAGAAAAUGAGAUAGAAGAAUUGAUAGAAAAAGUUUUUUUGACUGUUUAGUAAUAUCAUUCUGAAGGAAAAAUUCAUAAAAAUAUCACUUUAGAAAGCUUUAUAAUCCAAGAGUUUGAAGAUGGCAACUAUGAUAUAAAGUUCAAACAAUAAGAUCUCUUGUAGCAAUUAAGCAAUCAAGUUCAAAUUCCAAAAUAACCAUAGGAAAAUACUUCUUUUUUAACAUCUUCAUAUUCUGCGAUGUAAAAUGAAGAAGAAUAUUAUCAAGGUGAUGAUUUGAUUGCUACUUUUCACGCUUUGCUCAUUCUUUUAGAACCUUAAAAUGUUAAAUGGCUUCAAAAUUACAACAAAUUUAAUUGUAAUCCAACUAGAGAAGAACUAAAAUAGAUAGCAAAAUUAAAACAAAAUCUGAAUUUAAAUGACUUCAAGAGUUACCCUGCCAAGGCUAUUGCAAGUUAAAUUAAAAAAUUAGAGGGAACUAAAGAUUUUAAUAAAUAGUCGUAUUGUGAUAAACUAUAUGAAAAUAAAGUUUGGGAUGAUUUAAACAUGGAUAUUAAGUAAUUUAAAUCUCAAGGAAAUGUUCCAAUUUAAGCAGAUCCUAAACCUAGAGACGAAGAUACAAGUAGUAAUUAGACUCCAUUUAAUUUAGGUAACAUUAUAUUUGCUGGUGUGAUAUUAUCAUGUACUUAUGGAAUUUGUGAAAUUAUAAAACAAAAUUAAGAAAAAAGAUGA